GUGAACUCCGACUGCUACAUCUGCCGGGGACGUGAGCGGGGCUGUCUUUCCGCGUUUCUGCGAGGAACAGUCCACAGUCUGUCCGUGCUGAUCACCCCGUCCUCCUCAACCCCCAACCCGUUCAAACACACCCAGCCCGGCCCGAGGGGGGACGUUAGCGGAGUGAAACAUGUCAGGGAAUAAGGACAGCGACGGCGGCUGGAGGACGUUUAUGUGGAACUCCGAGAGGAAGGAGUUCCUGGGGCGGACUGGAGGGAGUUGGUUUAAAAUCUUCAUGUUCUACCUGAUAUUCUACGGAUGCUUGGCUGGAAUUUUCAUCGGGACCAUUCAGGCAAUGCUGCUAACGUUAAGUGACUAUAAACCCACCUACCAGGACAGAGUUGCUCCCCCAGGCCUGGCACAUAUCCCCCGCUCAGUAAAAUCUGAAAUUUCUUACAAAAUGUCUGAUGCCUCUACAUAUACACCAUACACGGACAGCAUGGAUAUUUUGCUUGAUAAAUAUAAUGAAACCUUGCAGAUUGAUGAGAUGAAGUUUGAAGAUUGUGGAGAAACUCCUAGUGGAUUCAAAGACCGUGGUGCUCUGGAGGGCAGCAAUGGCCAGAAGAAAGCUUGCCGUUUCAGGCGAUCUCUGCUGGGUAAAUGUUCCGGUUUGACUGACCCAUUUUAUGGUUUCAAGGAGGGAAAGCCUUGCCUUAUCGUCAAGCUCAACAGGAUCGUCAACUUUAUACCAAAGGCUCCCAGCAAUGACACACUUCCAACAGGUUUGCAGGGGAAAACAUCCGACAACCUCAUCCCAAUCCACUGCAAAAAUAAGAGAGAGGAGGAUGAAGGCAAGAUCGGGGAGAUCGAGUACAUGGGCAUCGGCAAAGGCUUCCCCCUGCAGUACUACCCGUACUACGGCAAACGGCUGCACCCCCAGUACCUGCAGCCCCUGGUGGCCAUCCAGUUCACCAACCUCACCGCAAACCAGGAGCUCCGCAUCGAGUGCAAAGUUUUCGGAGGAAACAUCGGUUACAGCGAGAAAGACCGUUACCAGGGACGCUUUGACGUUAAGAUCACAGUGAAUUCGUGACCUCAGCGACGAUGAGCACCCUUAGUUUGAAAAACAAACUUAAAAAACAUAGUUAGAAUUCAAGAGUUCAGAUAAACACCACUAGUCUUUGAACAUUCAUAAUAUACAGGACCUACACUUAAUCCGUGUGCUUUACACUAGCUUUUUUUGUGUUUUUGUCAAGAGUUAGAAAUGUAAAAUACAAGAUUAGCAAUAGAACAUAUUUAUUCUACUGUAAAUGAAAAUAUUCCUUGAGCCAUGGGAUGUUCAUCUAUUACUGUAAAACUGCAAUUCCACUACUGAAAUGUAGCGAGUUGUGUUUUUCUCCCCCAACGUACUUCACCCUCAUGUGGUUUCUAUAUAUUUUUGGAGUGUCCAGAGCUGUAGUCCUGUUGUAAUCUCCUUCGUCUUAUGUCCGCUUUAGUGGUCCAAGGUGUGUGCGUGUGCGCUGGUGUCUGUGUGCUGUGUAUUAGUUUAUGUGAGCGAGUGGAGUGUUUGUCAAUGUGCUUUGACUAACUGAAAUACUAACAUGGUACUCUGAAAAUUUAAGACCCAUGUAUGACUAAAUGCGCUCCAUGGAAUUUUGUUAUUUCCUUUUAUUUCUCUAUUCAAGUGGGCUGUGGAAGGACACAUUUGUACACACUUUGUUCAUCGUAGCUGUUCGAUAAGGUUUGACAUUUCAGUUUGUUACAUCUGUUCAUUCUUAAUUGGUAGUUUAGAGCUUUGUGGGUCCAGCCUAGAAGACUGUCACCUCCACGGAAACAGUGGCAACUCAGUGCUUUGAAAUCUGUUUUGCUGGAGACGUCACAUCACGUGACGCAAGUUACUAUAUUGAAUGUUUUAGCCAUUUUCAUGGUGGAAGAGUUUUAUAUUUAUGCAGUUGUACAUUUUUUUUUUUUUUUCAAAGUGUUAUGUAUGAAUCCAAAACCAAAGUCGCAGGUCAAAAAAAGUUAACAAAUAUCAGAGGCAAUGCAGUAUCCCGUGUAAUAAGAUGUUUAGCUGGUGUGAAAAUACUUAAUUCAAUGUUGAAGAUCAAACACAUGUCAGGAGUCUGCUCUGUCACUUUAUUUAAUCUGCAUAAGGCUGAAACAAUAAACAGAAACAUGAGAAAAUA